AUGAGAGCUUCCAAGCAGAGAAGGGCUUUCGCCACAAUAUGGACGUGGGCGACGACCGCGAUAGCACAGACAGACUCGUCUUCCAAACGAGGCAUGUCAUAUAUCAGCGACAAUCACAACGCUGACUACGACAUCCUACUAUCGUGUAAGUCACCAAUAGACUGGUACUACACCUGGUCGCCGUCGCCAGCACCAUCCGACAUCUUCUCAGACGGUGCUGAGUCGAGCAUGGAGUUCGUGCCCGCGCUUCCCGGUAUUGACAAUUUGGACAACGACAUACAAGCCCUCAACAAUCUCCCGGACUCAUCAAAGCACCUCUUCACUUUUAACGAGCCCGAUGGGACGACGAGCUCGGGCGGUUCGAGUAUCAGCCCCGGAGACGCAGCGAAGGCGUACAUCGAGCAGGUCGUACCGCUGCGCCAUCGCUUCCAGAUAUCGCAUCCCGCCGUGACGGGAUCACCGCGCGGGCUUGAAUGGCUAAGCAACUUCAACUCGUCAUGUUGGGACAUCGACGAGAAGAAUGGAUGUCCGACUGACUUCGUCACGGCGCAUUGGUACGGUAAUUUCGCGGGACUGGCCUCCUGGAUCGGCCAGCUUGAGGGCUGGUACAACCAGAGUGCCAGCGGUUUGAACGGAGACCUCAAGAUCUGGUUGAACGAGUUCGGGCUGGUCCAGGCGGACGAGGACGCGACAUUCGCCAUGAUGAACCAGACGCUGCCCUACCUCGAUAGCUUAGGCUACGUGGAGAAGUACGCCUCGUUCGGGGUCUUCCGCGAAGACGAGGCGAACGACUGGACCGGUGCCGGGCUGUCUUUGUUUCAGAAUGACGGUGGGCUGACCGAGCUGGGAGCGUACUAUCUUGGUGGCGAGUCCAAUGGGUUCGAAGCCGGAAAUAAGGGCCAAUCCAGUGGCAGCGGUGCCAAUGAUAAUGGUAAUGACGGCGGCGACGACACCGGUGGCGAUGGCGGCGAUGACGAUGCUAACGCGGCUGCAGUGACGCGAAUCAACAUCCUGCGGGACGGGGAGCGCAGCCACGCCGCUGCUCUGUAUGCCUAUGCGGCGAUGGUCAAGGGCUUGUCCAAGGUGCAGCUGUGGGCCGCAGACAGCCUCCGCUUGACAGGGUGGCUGACGCCGGGGAUCGAGGGUCCCGGGCUGGCGGACGUCUCGUUGGCUGCUGGGAGACGAUAUCUGAAGCUGGGCUAUGGGUGGGACUGCUUUGAGAAGGAGGAGUUGAGGCCGUUGGCGGAGUGGUAUGAGAGGUUCAAGAGCCUGGAUUGGUGGGUUGCGUUGGAGGAGCGCGAGGGGGUGCAUUUGAGGGAGAUGAUGCUUGGGAAGGGAUCGCAGGAAGUGUGA